AUGUGUGCACUCCUUCGGUCGGGGCUUCGUGUCUAUGCCAUCUCGGAUGAAGAUGGUUACGGCGUCUACCAGCUCUACUACACCGCCUCGCUCAACAUCCCAUCAUCAUAUGAUACUUGGACAGGCUCAAUUCAGAUCUUCCUUACCUUCGGUUUCUACGCGCUAUCAGGCCGCCCAGCCGACGCAGGAUACACCCGACCCGUAAUCAUCGUCAGCCUGUUAAUGGCCGUAGUGGGGACAUUUCUGAUCAGUUUCUGUCACGCGUACUGGCAUACCUUACUCGCCCAGGGUCUAUGCACUGGGCUGGGAAUGGGCAUCAUGUUGAUGCCGGGCGUUACCAUCGUCGGCUCGUAUUUCAAGAGGCGAAAGACGCUGGCGCUCUCUAUUGUCACUACCGGGACGGGCGUCGGCUCAGUCACAUUUCUUAUUCUAUUCAACUAUGCGAUUCCACACGUCGGCUUCGCGUGGGCUGUCAUGUGCCAGGCGUUGAUGAUGAUGGUUCUCGGCCCUGUCACAACUGCGCUGAUGAGGUCGCGGCUGGCGCCUAGGAAGCAGACAAAAUAA